AUGGGCUCUCUCAGGCUAUGUGGUUUGAUGAUUACUUCUCUCCUUGCAGAGGCCGCCCGGCCGGUAGGGCCGGGCUUCGAGGCUUCGCCUCCGCCAGCCGCCCUCGCGCAAGAAGGAGCGUCCGACUCUUGCGGGAACUUUGGUGCCGAGAAGGUUGUGGCGAGCUCCGAAGAAGCGCUGUGCCGCUGUCCCGAAGGUCUUGUUACCAAUUUGGGGUGCAAAGUUCCAGGGCAAGCAGAGUUCCCGAGGUCCCAGAACCUUUGUUUCGGUUGCAAUGAGUGCAGGUGCGCCCACCCUUGCUUUUCCUUCCAUUAUGUCCAGCCCAAGACGAUGGCACGGGGAGAAGGCAAAGUGGCAACCGAAGGAGCAGUGUGCGAGUGCGCAAAUUCGUCAAGUGGAGUGCGGCUGUUGGCUUUGGGGGCUUGCGGAGCAGGCUGGGGUGCAAAGCAGUUCCCCCUGGCCAGGGCUUCGAGAAACUGCUCGUGCGUAACACCCGCAGAAUUCCAAAGAAUUCGGCCUCAGAGCCCCAUCCAGGUCUCGGCCUUGAAGUUUUGUGCAGCCGUUGGGAAGAAGUAUCACACAUUCAAAUACAUAAGACGGCCAACAGCUAUGUUGUCUUCGAGGAGCCAGGAGGCAUGGCAGCGGACGUGGGCACCCCAUGUGCUGGAGGCCCUGCGCCUGACCCCCGAGCUGUGCCAAGCAGUAGUCGCGGGCUCCUUCAGCAAUUCUGAAAAGAAGAAGGCCCCAUGGCUGGAAGAUGCGGCGGAGCUGUCUGAGCACCAUGGCUCCAAGGGCUUCGGGCGCUUAGAUCCACUUGUGGGCAGCACGCUUCAGCACCACCUGCGACAGGUCUGCCACGACGAGUGCACUUUGCUUGUCGACGAGGUGGGCAAAACUGCAUGGGAUGUUUACUACGACUUUGCCGAGGGCCUUAGCACCGAGCAGUCCUGCGCGGAUCGCGUGGUGCGCAGGGUCGAGGCCGAGGUGCUUGGCUGCUGCGGUCGUGCCUGCGGCUGGAACGGGCGAAGCUGCACGAGCUGGCCCUUCCUGACCCAGGAUAACCAGGCUGCUUGGCUGGCGGAGUGCUGUACCGAGUACAACGUCCUGAAGCACUCAAGCAGGGAGAUGAUGUGCAACAGCGUCCUCACCCAACAAGAUGCUGAGCUAGUCUCUGAGCAUGACCUCUCAGAAGCGGGACGUGAUGCCGCGGGCGCCUACCUUGGCCAAGAUCCUCGCCUCCUUUGGACCGCUGAAGGUGCAGCGUCCGAGCUUGGGAGCGAGUAUAACUUCUUGCAUCCGCGCCCCAGAGCCGGCCACGCUGUGGCAGAGGAGCUGCUGAGGCAGGAGCCCAACAUCCGUCAAAGGGGGCUCACGAACGGCUGGUUUGUCGAGGAGGGCGCAGAGACGGAGAGCUCCUCGCCGCGGCCCGCUUCCUUCUUGACUGUCGCAGCGGCGGCGGAUUGCGAGACGGGCCCCCUGGACAUGUCGAGGUGCUCAGCAGACUUCAAGCAGUGGCAGCAUGAAGCCUGCGUCGAGGGUGCAGGCUGGCAAGCCAGGAAAGUCAGCAAAGGCAGGGCGCGCAGACCGGGCUGCAAGCGGUCUGCAGCCGUUUAUGUUGCCACACCUCAAGAGUGCCUUGAAGCAGACCUCGACAGCUUCAGCAAGAUUGUCCAGGGGGAGAAGAAGUCACCGGGGAAGGAGGAGGGCCGCUACUUUCAGUACAACAAAGGCCAGGACGGCCCACCCAUCGCGUGCUAUGUGGUCUCCGAAAACUUCCAGUGCAACUUUGAUGACGUUGAGUCCGCAGCCUGGGAUUUAGACAAGAUCGACUUCUUGAAGUCUUUGCCGCAAAGCUAG